GGAGGCAAACAAAAUAUUUAUGCAUACAUAUAAACCAAGCUUCUGCUUUCUUGCUCUCAGAAUAGGGCAUUCUUAAUUUGACAUAAGAGUGAUACCACCACUUGUUGAAACCAUGAAUGGUAUUGCUACUACUACUGAUGAUCAGUGUAUGCAAUUCUAUCAUCAUCAUCAUCAACAACCUUUCAUGGAUAUUAGCAUGGAAGGAUUCUCACAUGCAACUAUGGUUACAACAAGUCCCACCAUGUCAUCAAAUGGUCACUUGACCCCAAAGAACAACACAUUCAAACCAAUCAGAAAAAGAUCUAGAGCUUCAAAGAAAACUCCAAUCACUCUUCUCAAUGCCAAUAGCACAAAUUUCAGGGCUUUGGUUCAACAAUUCACAGGUUGUCCUACCAUAAAAUCUGCCAUGUCAUUUGCAACACACAAGGGACCUAUCACCUUGAAUUUCCAACAACCUCAUCAUGUACCUGUGCCACAACCACAUCAACUGGUUCCUAAGCAACAAUUGAUGCAAGAACAGCACCAAAGUCAAAGUAAUUUUCUUCCAACUGGCUUGGAGGUCUCUGAUUAUGGUUUGCAUAUGAAUAAUGAUUUGUCCAAUGUUUUAUAUAUGUGAUGAAAAUUUCUAUAAAGGAUUAAUCAAGUAUAUGCAAUAACUCCAUAGAGUUGUAUCAUAUAGCUAUCUUAGGAAAUAAAAUAAAUUCUUCUCCAUUUAAAGGCUGUAUUGUAUGAAUCCAAUUUUUAAUCUUGUCCUUUUUCUACGGUGAGUACUACUUCACAUAUUACAACAAUUUCUUAUUCUUGUUAUUGACUCUUGUUCUUUUUGUUGUACUUGUAUAUGGUAUACAGAUUUGGUUAUUUGUAAUGUGACAGUGCUUCCAUUCUAUCUAA